AUGAAGUUGUCUAACGUCGCUGCAGCAGCUGUGCUUGCUUCAACAUCAUCUGCUACUUUUCUUCCAAUUAUUGAAGGUCUUCUUGAUUGUAUCUUCCCAAAACCACCACCACCAACAAUUCCUCCAAGUCCAUGUAAAGGUUAUAAUUGUCCACCUCCAAAACCAUGUACUACGAGAAUCCCUCAAACUCACACCACAAUUGUGAUUAGUACUUAUACUACUGGUGUUGUUACUUGGGGUGGUAGUGUCACUACUGUUACUUUAACUCCAGGUACCACUAUUGCUACCAUUCCACCAUCUACUGUUACCGUUACUCCAGGUACUGAAACUGUCACUCUUACUCCAACCGGUCCAAACACCAAGCCAGGUACUGACACUGCUACUGUUCCAACUGGCCCAGCUACUACCCCAGGUACUUCUCCAACCGGUCCAAACACCAAGCCAGGUACUGACACUGCUACUGUUCCAACUGGCCCAGCUACUACCCCAGGUACUUCUCCAACCGGUCCAAACACCAAGCCAGGUACUGAUACUGCUACUGUUCCAACUGGCCCAGCUACCACUCCAGGUACUUCUCCAACUGGUCCAGGAGGUAACACUCUUACCACUUCAGUACCAGAUCAAUCAACUGUUACUAUUACUGGCCCAGGUUUCACUACCGUUUUUACCUUAACUCCAGGUACUAAUGUUAUAACCACCCCAACUGGACCAGCUACCAACCCAUCCGGCCCAGGUUCUGAAACCAAACCAACCGGUCCAGCUACUAAACCAACCGGUCCAGAAGGUUCCGUUGUUACUGUUACUGUUACUGAAUCAACUGUUGAAACUAUCACUGGUCCAGGAUACACUUCUGUUGUCACUUUAACUCCAGGUACUAAUGUUAUCACCACACCAACUGGUCCAGCUACCAACCCAUCCGGUCCAGGUUCUGAAACCAAACCAACCGGACCAGCUACCAACCCAUCCGGCCCAGGUUCUGAAACCAAACCAACCGGUCCAGCUACUAAACCAACCGGUCCAGAAGGUUCCGUUGUUACUGUUACCGUUACUGAAUCAACUGUUCAAACCAUCACUGGUCCAGGAUACACUUCCACAGUUACUUUGACUCCAGGUACUAAUGUUAUCACCACUCCAACUGGACCAGCUACCAACCCAACCGGACCAGGUUCCGAAACCAAACCAACUGGCCCAGCUACUAAACCAUCUGGAUCUGAAUCAAAGACUUCUCCAACCGGUCCAGCUACUAAACCAUCCGGUACUGAAUCUAAAACUUCUCCAACUGGUCCUGCCACCACUAUUACCACUUCAGUUCCAGAACAAUCUAUUAUUACUAUUACCGGUCCAGGCUUCACCACUGUUUUCACUUUAACACCAGGUACUAAUGUUAUUACAUCCCCAACCGGUACUGCUACUGGUCCAUCCGGUACAGGUUCUGAAGCAACUCCAACUGGUCCAGCCACCAAACCUUCUGGCUCAGCCACUGGUCCAUCAGGUCCAGGUGGCUCUGUUGUUACAGUCACUGUUACUGAGUCAACUGUUGAAACUAUCACUGGUCCAGGAUACACUUCCGUUGUCACUUUAACUCCAGGUACUAAUGUUAUCACCACUCCAACUGGACCAGCUACCAACCCAUCCGGCCCAGGUUCCGAAACCAAACCAACUGGACCAGCUACUAAACCAUCCGGCCCAGGUUCUGAAACCAAACCAACUGGCCCAGCUACUAAACCAUCCGGCCCAGGUUCUGAAACCAAACCAACCGGACCAGCUACUAAACCAACCGGUCCAGAAGGUUCUGUUGUCACUGUUACCGUUACUGAAUCAACUGUUGAAACUAUCACUGGUCCAGGAUACACUUCUGUUGUCACUUUGACCCCAGGUACUAAUGUUAUCACCACUCCAACUGGUUCAGCUACCAACCCAACCGGACCAGGUUCUGAAACCAAACCAACUGGUCCAGCUACUAAACCAACUGGUUCUGAAUCAAAGACUUCUCCAACCGGUCCAGCUACUAAACCAUCUGGUUCUGAAUCCAAGACUUCUCCAACUGGUUCUGCUACUAAACCAACUGGUUCCGGUACCAAGACUUCCCCAACAGGUUCUGCCACUUCUCCAACUGGUCCAGCUGGUACUGUUGUAACAAUCACCGUUACAAAACCAACUAGUGAAACCAUUACUGGUCCAGGUUACACUAGUACUGUUACUUAUACUGAAGGUACUAACACUGUUACUGUUCCAACUGGUACAGCUUCUACAGACAAACCAAAUACUUCUAGUGCACCAAUUCCAUCUCCAUCUAAAACUACUGGUACUGGUACUGGUGCUACUACUACAACUGAUAAUAGUUUGCCAAGUGGUAGUGGAGGUGUUACUUGGACUCCACAACCAGGUUGGAUUUGUCAAUGUGUUAGAGUAUAA